GUCUUCUACUUCCUAAUGUCUUGUUUUUAUAUUGUUAUACAUCUUGAUUUGUAUUGGAAACACUCGCCCUUAAAAUUCCUACUUUGGGUCUCCAACUUUGUAUCCAUUAUUGUUGGUUUGUUCUUUUGUUAUGCUGGGUUAUUUAGCAAUGGACGAGAAGAUGGAUAUGUCCAACUUUCGGAGCCUCUUUCAAAAAAUAGUUCCAUUCAAAACAAGAGUGAUGAUAGACAAGGAUCAUGUGUUGGUGGAGAGGGUAUAACUUCUUAUGCAAAUGCCAAUGUUCUUAGUAUAGUUACAUUCUCUUGGAUGGGCCCUUUACUUGCACUUGGGUAUAAAAAAACACUAGACCUUGAAGAUGUUCCUCAACUUGUCAACCGUGAUAGUGCCAAUGUGAUAUUUUCUUGCUUUAUGGAUAAACUUGAAUCUGAUGGUGAUGGUGGUAUUGGUGGUCGGAUAAGCACACUUAAACUGGUGAAGACAUUGAUUCACUUAACGUGGAAAGAAGUCCUAUUGACGACUCUAUUCUACAUUGUAAGCACAUUGGCUUCUUAUAUUGGACCAUACCUUAUUAAUAUCUUUGUUAACUAUCUUAAUAGCCCUCUCCAACUAAAAUAUAAAGGUUAUGCGCUAGUUUCUAUUUUCUUUAUUUCAAAACUCAUAAGAUGCCUCUCAGACAAGCAUUUGUUCUUUCAAUUGCGAAAGAUGGCAAUUAGGGUCCGUGCUGCAUUGCUUGCAAUAAUUUAUAAAAAGGGUCUCGGGCUUUCAAUCCAAUCAAAGUUGGGCUACACUAUUGGGGAGAACACUAAUUUGAUCAGUGUUGAUGUUGAAAGGAUUGCCCUUUUUUGCUGGUACUUGCACGAUAUAUGGAGAGUGCCUGUUCAAGUUGUUCUAGCAUUAUUGAUCUUGUAUAAGUAUCUUGGGCUUGCUUCACUUGUAGCUUUUUUUGCUACAUUGAUUUUGAUGUUAGCAAAUGUUCCACUGGGAAAACUACAAAAGAAAUUUCAAGAGAGUUUGAUGGAUUCAAAGGAUCGAAGGAUGAAGGUGACAACUGAGGCUCUAAGGUAUAUGAGAUUUCUCAAGCUCCAAGGUUGGGAGAUGAAGUUUUUGGCUAUGAUUAUUGACAUCAGGAACUUUGAAACAAGAUGGUUAAAAAAGUUACUUUAUACAUCAGCUUUGACUACUGUUGUUUACUUGUCUGCUCCCAUGUUUGUAUCUAUGGUUACUUUUGGAUUCUGUGUGCUUAUGGGAAUUUCAUUGGAGUCAGGGAAGAUUCUAUCUGCAAUUGCAACAUUUGAGAUAUUGAAAGGAGCAAUUUAUAAUCUCCCAGACACAAUAUUCAUGAUAGUUCAGACUAAAGUCUCCAUCGAUAGGAUAGCCUCAUUCCUAUAUCUUGAUGAUUUUCAUCCAAAUAUAGUACAAAAACUUCCAAGAGACGAUGAUGUCAAAGUUGCAGUAGAGGCAGUCAAGGGGAAUUUCUCUUGGGACCUUCAUUCCCCUAAUCUCACAUUGAAAGAUCUUAAUUUCCGAGUGUACCAUGGUUCGAAAGUGGCUAUUUGUGGUUCUGUUGGGUCAGGUAAAUCAAGCCUACUUUCAUGCAUAUUAGGGGAGGUGCCAAAGGUAUCUGGAGCUAUUAAGUUGAAUGGGACGAAGGCCUAUGUUGCACAAUCACCUUGGAUACAAAGCGGCAAGAUAGUAGAUAAUAUAUUGUUUGGUAAGAAGAUGGACAAGGAAAGGUACGAUAUGAUCCUAGAAGCAUGUUCGUUGAAGAAGGACUUAGAAUUGUGUGCCUUUGGUGACCAAACUAUCAUAGGGGAUAGGGGGAUCAACCUAAGUGGCGGGCAAAAGCAAAGAAUCCAGAUUGCACGUGCUUUGUACCAUGAUGCUGAUAUCUAUUUGCUUGAUGAUCCUUUUAGUGCAGUGGAUGCUCAUACAGGAGCUCAUCUAUAUAAGGAGUGUUUGCUUCGAAUUUUAGGUUCAAAAACAGUAAUUUAUGUUACACACCAAGUAGAGUUUUUACCUUCUGCUGAUCUUAUUUUGGUUAUGAAAAAUGGAAGGAUUACUCAAGCAGGGAAGUAUGAAGAAAUUCUUAGUUCAGGAACUGAUUUUAUGGAAUUAAUUGGUGCACAUAAGAAAGCUUUGGUAGACCUUAAUUCUUUCAAACCUGACAUUGCUUUGGAUAAUUUAAUUAGUGGUGAGGAAGAUGGUAAUAUGAUGCAUAUCAAGAAGUCUAUUCAAGAUGAUGAGGAUAGUGAAACCAAAAAUAGAAAAACAGAAAAACUAGUUAGGCCAGAAGGGCAGCUUGUCCAAGAGGAAAAGCGAGAAAAGGGUGAAGUUAGUCUUUCAAUCUACUGGGAAUAUGUCACCACUGCAUAUAAAGGGGCUUUUGUACCAUUGAUAUUAUUGGCACAAAUUCUUUUCCAGCUUCUCCUAUUAGGUAGUACUUAUUGGAUGGUGUGGGCUACUCCCGUUUCAGGAGAUGUGAGACCUCAUGUUAGAGGAUCUACUCUCAUCUUUGUGUAUGUUGUUUUGACCCUUGGAUGCUCUUUUUGUUUACUUAUAAGAUCCAUGCUCAUUGUAACUGUUGGAUACAAGACAGCCACUCUUCUAUUUAACAAAAUGCAUUUAUGCAUUUUUCGUGCUUCCCAAUCAUUUUUUGAUUCUACUCCAAGUGGAAGGAUUCUAAAUCGGGCAUCCAUAGAUCAAAGUGCACUUGAUACCUCCAUUCCACAUCAAAUUGAAGAACUUCUUAUAACAAUUAUAGAAUUCCUAGGAAUUGCUGCAGUAAUGUCACAGAUUGCAUGGCAAAUGUUCAUAGUUUUUAUUCCAAUGAUUGUGAUAUGCAUUUGGUACCAGCAAUACUACAAAGCUGCAGCACGAGAACUGUCACGGUUGUUUGGAGUAUGCCAAGCUCCAAUUAUACAACAUUUUUCUGAAUCUACUUUAGGUUCAACCACAAUCCGGUGUUUUAAUCAAGAAGAGAGAUUUAUACGCACAAACCUAAAGCUGGUGGAUGAAUAUUCACGGCCCAAGUUUUAUUUCUCUGGUGCAAUUGAGUGGUUAUGCUUCCGCAUAGAUAUGUUGGCAUCCUUCACAUAUGCCAUCUCUUUGGUUUUCUUGAUCUCAGAGCUAAAAGGAGCACUUAGUCCUGGUGUUAUGGGUAUGGCAGUCAUAUAUGGACUUGGUUUCAGUAUGCAUGGGGUCGUAUGGGAUCUUAGCAUUCUUGAGAGUAAAAUCAUAUCUGUUGAGAGGAUACUACAAUAUGCUUUCAUCCCUAGUGAACCCCCUUUGUUGAUAGAAGAAAAUAGGCCAGGUCGUGACUGGCCAUCACAAGGAAAAAUUGAUAUUAUUGAUCUGCAGGUCCGGUAUGCUCCACACCUUCCUCUUGUCUUGCAAGGUAUCACAUGCACUUUCCAUGAAGGGAUGAAGAUUGGCAUUGUUGGGCGAACGGGGAGUGGUAAAUCAACUCUCGUACAUGUUCUCUUUCGCAUGCUUGAACCUGCAGCUGGUCAGAUUUUGAUAGAUGAUAUCAACAUCUCUAAGAUCGGCCUCCAUGACUUGCGGUCAAGAAUGAGCAUCAUCCCACAAGACCCUAUAAUAUUUGAGGGGACUUUAAGAAGCAAUCUUGAUCCUCUUGAAGAGUACACUGAUGAACAAAUCUGGGAGGCUUUAGAUAGAUGCCAGCUUGGUGAUGAAGUUAGAAAGAACGAAGGGAAACUUGAUUUUGAAGUGACUGAAAAUGGAGAUAAUUGGAGCAUGGGUCAAAGACAAUUAAUUUGUUUAGCUCGGGUAUUACUUAAAAGAAGCAAAAUUUUAGUACUCGAUGAAGCUACUGCAUCAGUGGAUACUGCUACUGACUAUGUAAUUCAACAAACACUUAGGAAACACUUCUCAGGGUCUACUGUCAUCACGAUCGCACAUAGGUUAACAUCAGUUCUUGAUCUCGAUAGGGUCCUCCUUCUCGAUAAUGGUGUUAUACUGGAAUAUGAUACUCCAGCCAAAUUAUUAGAUAUCAAGUCCUCAUCAUUUACAAAGCUUGUUAACGAGUAUACUCGAAGAUGUAGUUCUUAA